CCUGUACUUUUGCUUAACCCACCAGGAAGCCUGUGCAGAUGUUUCAUGUCGCUUCCACAAUACUGGGAAGUCCCCCGUGGGCCAGUUAUUUACAAUGAACAUGUACCAUUAAACUUUUUGAUAUGAAAAGAAGAUGAUUUUAUUAUUGUACAUCAGUGUUUUGCUUUCCGCAUGUCCAGAUCUAUUGCCUGGUCUCCGUGUGCUGAACACGCUGAACUGCACGCAAGCGGGGCUGAGGUGUGAAGCAGACAUAGACUACUGUCACAGAAAUGGCUGGAAGAGGAAGCAGAGGAUGACCCCAACUGCUCCACAAGACUUAGAAUGCACGGUGGCGGUACGACAGGACGGAAACGGCGACCUGGUGCCAGUGGUCGUGGUGAGGUGGAGGACACAGCUCGACGGAAGCAUGAAACACCUCCGAGGUGCAGAAGUUAAAAUGCUGAAGGUAUCAACCAACAGGAACCUUUGUGUUCGUUACAACUUCCUGGAUGAAAUUACGCCCGCAAAUAAACAGUGGUUAUUUUCUCUGGAUGGAGUGGUGGUAGAGCCUGAUGAAGAAUAUUAUGUUGUUGUGUCUAACUUGCCAAGGCCAAGUAUAGGUCAAGGCAGCAACAUCUACAAAAAUAUUGUCAUACCAGGAUGCCAGGACGGCAUGAUGCUGGAGACGAAAGCGUGCCUAGAAAGCGGAACCAGUUGGAAGCCAAACAUUAAGCUGAUGAUGGCACUGGUGAAUGGAAGCAGUACAAUUAUGGUGAAUUUCAGCCGCUGGGAGUAUGCAGAAAGGUACAGGGUGUUUGUGAAGUGCAAUAUCACGCACUGGGAUUUUCUGCAGGGGAAUGAUACCAGACUGAAAGUGCUGUUUGACUCUAAGAAAUUCCCUGCCCUUUGCUGUGUGUUCAGAGUUUCGAUUCAGCCCUUAUUUCCUGGUUGCAAAAAUAACUGCAUUCGACCACAGAAGGAGUUUGAUGUUUGUUCUGCUCGAACAGACCCAACAGCGCCACCCUGUGUAGAGCAUCACAAACUGCUGGCCUUUGGAACCGUGGUUGUUUCCAUCAUCUGUGUCAUGGCCUUGAUCGUCUGUUUAUACUGCAAAAAACAUCAUGGAGAUCCUUCAAAGACUGACAAUGAUGCCAAAGAACCAAAACAGACAACUGAGAGCCCAAGGAAGGUCCUGAUCAUCUACUCCCUGGACCACCCCCUUUAUAAGGAUGUUGUGCUCAAGCUGUGCGCCUUCCUCAAGGUGAAGUGUGGCACAGAGGUAGUCCUUGACCUCCUGGACUCCACCCAGCUGGGCGUAAUGGGCCGCCUGCAGUGGCUGGAGUGCCAGAUGGAGAGGACUGGGACUGCACCCAAUAAGGUGCUGGUGCUGGUCCUGUGCUCCCGCGGCGUGCAGGCCAAGUGGCGAGCCAUGUGCGGGGGACCCCAGGUGACACUGAGGGAGGACAGCCAUUCACCCAUGGGGGACAUGUUGACCCCUGCUUUCAGCCUCAUUAUGCCAGACCUGCUCCGGUCCGCCUCCUUGGGCAAAUACGUGGUAGCUUACUUUGAGGGUAUUUGUGAUGAGAAGGACGUUCCCUCACCAUUCAGACUCACCGUCAAGUACAAACUCAUGAAUCAUUUUGAAGAGCUCUACCUCCGGAUCCUGGGCAAGGAGAAGUUAGAGCCAUGGAUGAUUAACCAUGUUGAGGGCAUAAGAGGGAAAGAUUAUCAUCAAUGUCCUUCUGGUGAAGCCCUAAAGGGUGCAAUUGAGGCCUUCCAAACCUACCAACUCGAGAAUACAGAUUGGUUUAAGAAGGAGUGCAUGGAGAAUGAAGAAGAACAGCACCCUCUACUGGAAGACAGAUAUGACACUUAUUCCCUUCGGUGUAUUCCGAAGUUCAGGGAAGACCCCUGCUGUGAUCACGAGAUGGAGGUGGCAGAAGAUCAUCAGGAAACAAUCUCCUCAACUGUGGUAAUGUGUUGCAGAGAAAGCAGACCUUCUGUCAAUGAACGUUAUUCAGCUGUUGACACAGGGCUGUGCCAAAUGUAUUUAUCAGCUGGAGGGGACACGUCAAUCAGCAUCAAUUCUGCCAUUUACUCUUCAGUCUUCAGAAGGCAGCUGUGUUGCACAUCUGAACAGGCAGGGCAUGAACAGCUGACAUCUGCUGAGCACAGUUCAUGUUUGCAGGAGGAGCCAAGAGGUGAUGGAGACACAAUGGGGACUGAGGAAGAGUCUCUCCUCUCCCUACGUGAUCUCUCACUCAAGGGCUCUGAGCCACUGCACCCACUGCAGCCACUGCAGCCCUCAGAGCCACAGGUUCUUUGCGAAGCUGGUAUCUCCUACAAACCUGAAAAGGAGGAGAAGAAUCCACAAAACCUGGAGGAGCAAGGAGAGAAGAGACCUUAUAGUGGGUCAGACCUGGGUUACAUCUCAAGGUCUUCCCUCCAGAGUGAAAACCUCCAGAGUUCAACUACCACGCUGUCAGUCUAUACGGAGGAUGAUGCCACAACCUAAAAUUCUGACUACCUUAACAGUGGGGCAGAGUUAGGACAGGGAUCUCAUGACAAUUUGGGCAAAAAAUAUGGAAAAAAUAACUAAACAUCAGUUUUAUUUUUGCACUUUUUCUGUUAAUUUAUCUCUAUAGUGCCUUAAAAUACAUAUUUAAAAUACAACUACAAAUAAUAUUAAAGCUACUUCCACAGAUGUUCAUGGGACACAUAUGUACCUUUUACUACAUAGAUUUAUUAUUAUUUAUCGGUUUGUUACAUACAUUUUAUUUGCCUAAUAUUUCAUCAUACAUACACAUUUUAAAAAGAAAAUACUGGAUCAUAUCAUCUUUAAGGUAUAAUAAUAUACACUCCUUGUACACAAGUGAUUUGCUGUACUGUAAACAAAGGUACAUACUUGUAUAAAUUUAUAUAUAUUACUGCCAAACACAUGCAAUUCUGGUUCUUGUUUUGAUACAAUUCAGUUCUGUUUUUGAUAUUAUGCAUUAAAAUGUCUAAAAAAACAUUUUAAAUCAUAAAAUAUACUUCUGUAUUGUACAGUUUUUUUCCAAUUGACCUUAAGGAGAACACACUUAUUGUAAUUUUGAUAGUCCAUUAUAUAUCUAUAUUUUUGUGUGUUGCAAAUAGGUCGUGAAGCACUUUGAUCCAUUUGCAGUUCAGAUGACAGUGACACCCUUGUCUUUACAAUGAACUUAAGCUAAACGCUGUUAAAAAAAAUCUAAUUUUCCCCAGGUGCAACUAUUUAGUAAGUCAGAUUUCCUUUAAAGUACAAAGAUGUCCAAACACUUUGGUACAUUGGAGGAACCCAAUUCAUUCCAGUCAUGAGAAAUUGUCAUUGCAUAAACAGUUCUAAAAUUAGUUUUUUAAUAUACUGUAUAUAAAAAAUAACAUUAACAAACCAUAACAGCAAUAAUAUACUAGAUACACUUUCAACUGUAAAAAAUAUAAGUAACAUUUUCAGAAUGUCCAUUCCAAUCCCUCUCAUCAAAUAUCUCCCUUAACAGUACUACUCUCUGUGUACCACUAGAAACACAUUUUACAUCUUCAUGUAUUAUUAUUAAAUACCACCUAAUACACACUGUCUUGAUUUGGGCUGUUCUCUUUCAUUACAGUCAGGAAUAUGCAGAAUUGCAGUGUCUCAAACACAUACAGUGAUGUUUGAUCCAAGGUAAUUGAGAAACGUUUCUUAUGUUUCUUUGGGGAAUUAUUAGGUUAGUCAAUAUUUUUUCUUAAAACUUUAAUUAUAUCAACAGUAUAGUUGUGCAUGAUUAAAAUAUUUCACAUUGUUAUACCAGUAUGAUCAAAGCUGUUGCGGUUUUGCUUCAAAUUCGUAGUUUGACUGUGUUCUAAUUUUAAUACCUUAUAAAGAACUUUAUUUUGCUAUAAAAUAUGACCAUGGUAAUUUGGAAAAGCAGAGAUUCGUAUGUAUGUCGAGGGA